AAUAGCGCUGCACGCGUACAUCAUCACCUGCGCCUCGUAACUGUACAUGAUCUGGUCACUUGCAAUAACGCCGUAUCUUCUAUCCGUCGUGUGCUUCAGGAUCUGCUAUCAUUCAUUCUGCGGGUCCCAAAUCUUCUGGCCUGCCGUUUCCACAUUGUCCAGAGAAUGCAUUGAAGCUCUGGCAAUUCCUCUAGCUCGUCGCGCUCAUGCGAACUGUCCUACCUGGCAGACCCCAGGCAAAGCUUCAAGCUGUCUCCACGGAGCUUUGGGAUGGGAAACACAUUGUCGUAUACAUCUCCGGGAAUGCCGUCGUCAUCCUUGAUGGACCGCACCAGCUUCUCCAGACCAUCUAUCUCGACAAGGAUGACGACCUACAAGCAGUUGCACUCGAUGAGGACUCGGGGAAAAUAGCAGCGGCUUCGAGCACGGAGAUUCACAUCUACAAGCCAUAUGGGAAGGAGGAAGGCUUCCUCCAGUGGUCAUUGCAAUGCUCGAUUCGCACCGACGAAACGAAGGGAGAUGUGCAGACACUAUCCUGGGGCCAAGAUGAAGGCUUGUUGGUUGGAAGCAACGCGUUGAGUCUUUACGAUACUCACAACGCCUCCAACCUUCACUGGUCGAGACCUUUAGCAAAUGCCGCCAAGUUCGCCGAGUUUUCGUAUGACGGAACCCUAAUAGCCACAUCAGGCCAAUAUGAUCGGCUCGUCAAGAUAUGGAGGCUACUGGGUGUUGGACCCUCUGGUCAAGAGUUUGACUAUGGAUACCUUCGUCACCCGGCCGUCGUUACCGACAUACACUGGCGGCAGCCAUUCCAUAGGGAACAGUCCAUGGAGAACAUCGUAUAUACGAUCUGCGCUGAUAACAAGGUCCGAAUCUUUGCUCCUAUGGACCACCAUGCGCCGUCAAUCUUCCAACAAUGGGGAGAAAUCGACCUCAUGCAAUCGAUACAACCCAGGGGCCUCGAUCCUUCGCAGAGGUCCUCGAAGAGAUACGCUUUCAUAAUCGACAGUCGAGACUUUACGCUCGCAGCUGAACGAGCGGUUCAACAGGCUGCAAAUGACUUGGCCGAACAACGAGCUCUGGCGCAUCUCAUUGAAGCCGCAAAUCGAAAUCCCGAGGUCUGUGUGGUUCUCGACGAUCAGGGCAACAUGUCUGCAUGGGGUCUUGAAGGUGUAGGGUUGCCUCAUCCAAAGCUUUCCGAUAUUUUCAAUAUCGCCCACGUUCAUGGAUUAAAACUGCGGUUCGCAAGCCAUACAAGCGGUCUGGGGUCUUAUGCCCAGUUUCACAACUUCUGUGGGGACAAAUCCAACAGUGCAUUCACGCUGAUUGCUCAGCAUUUCGAUGGUCGAAUAGAAUGGUUCGAGGCCAGAGUUGACCAACUGUUCGAUUUGGAACCGCGAAAGCAGCGGCUGCACCGGAGGGCGCUAUGGGCUGGCCAUCGAAAACCGAUCAAAAAAAUAGUACGAACCGCUACCGGGAAGGCUGUCAUUUCUCGUACAGAAAACAACAGGAGCUGUAUCUGGGUUCAGAAGCUAUCCAGCCCCGGAAUGAGACUCUCUCUGCAGAGCAUGGUUCCAAUCGACGAACACAUUCACCGUAUGUGGCUCCUUCGAGAGGGCAAGUUUGUUGUCUUUCUACACCAUGGAAGCGUGUCCGUAUGGGACUCCCGCGGACCCAAAGCUUUUGAAGUAGCCCGAAGACAAUACACGAUCAGGGGUAAGCCACUUUGCUUGAUCUUGAUACCUGAGGCUUCGGGUGAACAAGACUCUGUGCAUCUCGCGACCAUUAGCUCGGAGAUGGACGGCGUGGCAUGGGAAGUUCAACUUCCUCCUGAACAAGCCGACGGGCACGCGAAUGGUGCAACCGAUGAAGUCCAGCUCCGAGACUUCGGGACAUUCGAUCUUGGCACGGGCGACGAUCUUGCAUUUGUCCUUCCGGUCGAUCCAGCGGGCACUGCACCCGUGAUCUCUGGCUUCCUAGACACCUUCGCUCGAGACAUUGCAAUAUCCUACACGACUUCCGGGACUAUCAAGGCGUGGACAACGCGUGUCAAUAAAGCGAAGCGAACAUUGGAGUGGCUGAACACUGCCAGUGUGGACACCUUCAUCGAAAACCCGUCGCUUAUGAGCGGUACAUCGAUCCGUAAAGCCGCGAUGAUCGAUGCCGAUAAAACGUCGUUGACGAUUUGGAAUACGCGUAGCGCCCAGUUAGAGCAUCAAGAAGUGUUCAAAGAUCAAAUCAUCACGGACCUGGAUUGGUCUUUCACGCCAGACAACCAAUCGAUACUCUCCGUCGGGUUCGAUCACAAAGUCCUCAUAUAUACCCAGCUACGAUACGAUUACCUGGACGCAGGUCCGUCAUGGGCACCGAUUCGUGAGAUCCAUAUUCGGAGUCUGACUCCCCAUCCCAUUGGCGAUUCCUGUUGGUUGGGCAAUGGCGGUCUCGUCAUGGGGGCGGGGAAUCAACUGUUCGUGCAAGAUGAUAAGCUAGACGUAUCUUACGGUAUUCUAUCGAACAUCCGGUUGCCAUCAAGUGCGCACGGCUCCUUGGACAUUUUCACAGCCGUCAGCCGUCUGAACGGACCGUUACCAGUCUUCCACCCCCAGUUUCUUGCCCAAUGCGUUUUGACUGGGAAGCUGUUGUUGGCGCAACAGAUUCUGACGAAGCUCUUCAAAAUCUUGAAAUUCUACUCGGAAGGAGACCCGUUGGACAGUAGCCUUGGAUUUGACGCAGAUGACGUUUCCCGAAAACCGGAAAUGUACCAUGCUGCAAGAAAGGAAAUGCAUUCUUCCUAUGCCGAUUUUGACAGCGACGACGACGAGCCCGCGACAGUGACUGAAGAGGUUGCAAGUUCGAUAAAUGGUAUCUUGAUGCACUGUCAAAUACCCCAACUCUCGAGCAGGGAGCAAUUCCAUCUCGCGCACAUCGUCGAAUGCGUCGGCACGGUGGAGAAGCACCGUCGCUCCGUGGACGACAAUGCGCGCCGAUUUCUUCUAUUCUUCCGCCUGCAUGUUCUUCGCAAAUCGGAGCAGGUCGACUUACACCCGCUUUCUUGGCGCGAGAUCACCUGGGCUUAUCACAGUGGUAGUCAGGACAUCCUCGUUGACCUCGUGUCGAGACAUUACCACGGCAAGAUGCUCUGGCAACAUGCGCGGCAGAGCGGCAUGUUCAUGUGGAUGACGGAUUUGAACGCGCUCCGGAGUCAGUUCGAGGUCAUUGCGCGGAAUGAGUUUACCAAAUCCGAGGAAAAGGACCCUAUCGACUGCAGCUUGUAUUACCUCGCUCUGAAGAAAAAGGCUGUAUUGGUGGGGCUGUGGAGAAUGGCGACGUGGUGCAAAGAACAGGGCGCAACCUCGAAGCUACUGUCCAACAACUUCAACGAGGCACGAUGGAAGACGGCGGCGUUGAAGAACGCCUACGCGCUCAUGGGACGGCGGAGAUUUCAAUACGCCGCCGCGUUCUUCUUGCUCGCCGACCACCUCGCCGAUGCGGUCAGCGUCCUAGCGAACCGGCUCCAAGACAUGCAGCUUGCGAUCGCCGUGGCGCGCGUGUACGAAGGCGACGAUGGCCCGGUACUCAGAGACUUCCUGCUGGAGCGCGUGCUGCCGCAAGCCGUGACCGACGGGAAUCGAUGGCUUGCCACCUGGGCGUUUUGGAUGCUGAACCGACGAGACAAGGCAGUGCUGGCACUUGUCACUCCUCUGACGACCUUGGUCUCGCCCCCGGAAUCUCCGAAGCUGGAGUCGCGCUUGUUCCUUACGGAUGACCCGGCGCUCAUUGUGUUGUAUAAGCAGUUGCGGGAGAAGUCAUUGCAGACAUUGCGAGGUGCGAUGUCGGUGUCGCCGAGGACGGAGUGGGAGUUCGUGCUUCACACUGCCAACUUAUACACGAGGAUGGGCUGUGACCUCCUCGCACUCGAUCUGGUCAAAACCUGGGAAUUCCUUCUCCCCGCAUGCGGCCAUCAGCCCACCCAACCCCAAAGCCCCCAACCCCCCGCAUCUCCUGACUUCACCCACCCUCUCCACUCCCCUCUUACCCCCCAGGCCCGCUCCGCCCUCGACAACUUCAACAUCGACCCGCGCAAGAUCCUCCGCCGUCGCAGCUCUAUGGUCGUCGCUGACCUCCCCGCGCCAGACGGUCACGCGGGCGGCGUGGCGAACUUGAACGGCGUGCUGGAGGACGCGGGGACCCCGCAGUCGGAGCGUGAGCAGGCUGCAGCGGAGGGGAGGUCGAGGAAGGAGGAUAGGACGCCGACGCAGUUCCAGGAGCCGGAUGCGAAUAGUCUGUUGGACGCGUUUGGGUUUUAACGGGGUGUGUAGUUUCAUAGGUUCAUCCAGUUCUGGCGUUUCGAUUGGGCCCCGGGUGGAAGAUUUCGAUCGAUGUGAUGACUGUCUUCAUUGCGCAUGGCGUCUCGGUUGGUUUUCAGUACAGGCUUUGUGUGCAGACUUUGUGUGCAAUCGGAUUGUUUUAGAUAGUAUUUCAAGCAAAUUAAUUGACGUGCCAUCAACAGAACAAAAUUCAAUACCUAGCC